CUGGAUGCAAACGACAGUAUCACGUAUGACUAUGAAAAACUGGCGUUAUCGAGUAAAACCAGAAUAUCAUUAAAUAUUGGCGUGUUACUGUUAUUAGGGGCCAAAAAUUUGUACGUCAUUGCCGUUUAUGGAGUUCGGGGUCGAUUGAACCGAUUGCCGGCGGCCGGCAUCGGCGACAUGAUCGUUGCGUCAGUGAAGAAAGGCAAACCUGAACUUCGAAAAAAGGUUAUGCAGGCGGUGGUCAUUCGGCAGAGGAAGCCGUUCCGUAGGAAGGACGGUGUUUUCAUAUAUUUCGAGGACAACGCAGGAGUAAUCGUCAAUAAUAAGGGCGAGAUGAAAGGUUCGGCCAUUACGGGACCCGUGGCCAAAGAGUGUGCUGAUCUGUGGCCUCGAAUUGCUGCCAACGCCAGUAGUGUCGCGUAA